UACAGUCGAGAUAAGCGGAAGCUCAAGGAAAUUAGUAUUCUUAUAAAUAAAAUGCAUCAGCCGCGGUUUAUAUUAUUUUUUAGCAGUGCUCUCUGCUUAUGUUUUGCAUAUGAAGAAAUAGACGAACUUUGCAAUGGUUGGAGUCAGAUGAAGUGCUGGUCGACGGGAUGUGUAAAAAUCUCAGACAAAUGUAAUGGGAAGCGUGAUUGUGCCGAGGGUAGCGAUGAAACGAAAUCUCUUUGUCAAACAGUGAUCUGCACUGACAAAGAGUUUAAAUGUGAUUACGGCGCAUGUGUGCCUGGUCAAUCUAAGUGUAAUGGUAUAAUGGAGUGUUGGGAUGGCUCCGAUGAAAGAGCAGAGAUCUGCGACAACACUCCAUACUGUUCCAUGUACUUUCUUCAGUAUGUAUGCAUUUAUCCGCUUAUUUGUUAUUCUCAACAACCUUACAAUGGCUCACGAAAAUUGAUGGCAGACAACAUUUUGAAAAAUAGAACCAAAGAAAGCUCAGUAAUACAUUUUUAUUGCUCAGAGGGUUAUGCAUUGGAGGGGGAGAGUAGCAGCGAAUGUACGUCACAAGGUUGGACGAACACAGUGCCGAAAUGCGUAAUGGCAUCACCUAUACUAACGCUGGACGCUAACAAUACCUACAUGCCAGGCUCUAGCAUCGCCAUGACAUGCGCCAUACCGGCGAAACUAAAACCAACAAUAACCUGGACGAAGGAUAAGACACCCUUACUGGCGACUGAUCGCUUAGAAAUUACAAUUGAGCCGCACACGCUGGUGCUAAGCAAUGUUACGGUCGAGGAUUCCGGCACCUACAGUUGUAUAGCCAAAAUCUUUGGUAACGACCAUGUGAAUGAAAAGCGAGUCAUUAUUGAGUCGCACAAAGCGGAUUGUAUUGAUAAUAAAUAUUUCGCGAACUGUCAACUUAUCGUUAGAGCUAACUACUGCUAUCACCGUUACUACCAGAAGUUCUGCUGCAAAUCGUGCAGUGAAAAUGAAAAAUUGCCGAAAGAGGUUCAGGUCGAUCCCAUCGGAGAUGGUAUAAGGAAACUUUAAUGGAAUAAUAAAGUUUUAUUACUUAAAACCUCUAAGCAAGAGAAGAUAUCCGAACUACAAUUCAUGUUAAGUGUCAGUAAGUUAAAAGUGAAGUCAUUGUGGAAUGAAUAGAACACAAUAAAGAAUUAAUAAAUAAUGAAUUAUUGU